ACGCGGCAACCAACCAUGCGCGUACUUUCUCUCCACACCAAAAUUACCAACUUCGCCGGGACUGGGGAUCCCGGUCUCCAAAACGGUCCACUCGAACUCUCAAAAUUCCACCUCCCUCACGGCAUAACCGUUAACUCUCUAGGCGAACUUCUAGUCGCCGACACCCAAAACCAUUGCGUCCGCCUCAUCGACCCCUCCUCUCGCCUGGUCUUUUCCCUUCGAGACUGCAAACCCGUCGUCGACAACGAACCCGAUAACCCCUACUCCAUUGUCGUUUCGUCUAAUAAUUCCCUCUUCUUCUCAGACUACAAAAAAAAAUCUAUUCUCGUACUUCCUAAACAAGAACACACCACACACGUCGUCUUCGGCCCAUUGUCCUCGAGCGACCCCUUUUCCCCCCGCGGCCUGUUCCUCUUCCAAGACCAAUUCCUCUACUUCUGCGACUCUGCCAACCACGCCGUCUACGUGCUGAACCUCAACAACCACCACCUAGACCUCGUCUCUGGCCAACCCAACGUCCCAGGCUUCCAAGACGGCCCCGUCGAAAAAGCCGCCUUCAACUUCCCAACUCACCUCCUCGUCACCCCCGAAAAAACCAUCUACAUCUCCGACACCGGCAACCAUGCCAUUCGCAAAAUCUCGCGCGGAAGAGUCGUCACCAUAACGGGCUCUGGAAAGCCCGGAUACCUAGACGGCAGCGUACACCGCGCCCUCUUCAACUUCCCACACGGCCUGCACUACAACCCGAACACCCACAAUCUGCUCGUCGCGGACUCCGGAAACAGCAAAAUCAGACUCAUAACCAAAGAACAAGUCUACACUCUGUCCUCCGAGGUCAAACCACCUGGACUUUCUGCCAUUCAAAAAUCGCUCUCCGUCUGCCAGCUGAACUUUCCCACUUGCUUCGCCUCCUCAGCCUGCGGGGACAUCUACCUGUCAGACACCCUAAACAACUGCAUAAGAAAAAUCGAACUCCCUCCCGAACUCUGGACGAACCACCAACCCAACCUGCACGUUCAUCCACCUCGGUGCCACCUCUCCAAACGGGCAAGCGUAGGGCUCGAACCCAGAAGCCCGCCCCGUCUCCAAAUAGAACCGGUCGCUCAUUCCCCCAAAUCGCCCGCUCGCGAGCCCUCCUGCCAAACAAAAAACGACCACGCAAAAAAAACCUUUAAAACAACCUGUCAAAGCCCCUCGGUCCCAACCCGCCCCAUCUCAAAUCCAACCUACCGCCUCUGCAUCGACCAACCCUCGGACGCAUCCCCCAGGACCUUCGGCUUCUCCUGUAAACUAGGCCUCGGGCCCGCCGGCCACGUCGACGACUUUGUCGUCGGCGAACUGAAGCGACUCCUCGGCCACCCCGAUGACCCCCCAGCUCUCCAAGACGCGCUCGACACGUGCGGCGAAUACUCGCGCAUCGCGGUUCGACUCUCUCACGCCACCAUGUUCUACAAACUGAUAGAAAAGUCGUACCUGCAACACCAACAAAACACCCAGCACUCGAACAACGUCCCCGACACGUGCUCCGACUACACCAUUCAAAUGGUACUGACAAAACACAAGUGGCACCUUCACGCACCCAUUUUAUACGUACGCUGCCCCUCCCUGCUUCUGCCACACACGGCGCUGUCCUUUUCGCUUCUAUCCGUCUCGUACGACGCGAUAAAAGCGUUCUUUACCUACGUCUACGCCGACAUCGUCCCGUCCAUCGAGGUAAACUGGAGACUUUGGCUCGAACUCAGGAUCGUUGCUUCCACGUGCUGCCUCGUGGCUUUCGGGCGCUUCUGCGCGUCGACUCUACUCUAUCUGUUCAAAAUGCACCCCCUAAAGCCAGAAGAACACAUCGAGUGUCUCCUGUACGCCUUGGAUACAAACACCCUGGACGUGGUCAAAAUUUCUGUGCGAACGAUACUAGAGCGCCGAGGGGAGUUCGCGGAGAGUUCGCUGUCGCCCCUUCUUCCUUACUAUGAGGGCGUCUUCGCGCACCUCAAGGAAGAAGUCAAAAAGCCAGAUUUGGCACCGGCCGAGACGCACAAUUUCCGGUCCACCUUGUGCACCAGUCUCCUAGACGACUUCAGCCUGCUCCUGGCGUUCAAUCAACGUUCCAAGCACUUCCAACUGCCUAAUCCGCCGCCGUUCGUAGACGUCGUGCUCGCCGUUGAGGACGCCCACUUCCCUUGUCACCGAUGCAUUUUGGCGGCCCAAUGUAGAUACUUCGAGCGCGAGUUCCUGGACUUUUCCCGCGAAUGCAGAACGUGGACGUUGCCGAAGCCAGGACACGAGGGACACCUGUCCGCCGUCACGGUCAAGUCCUUGCUGACGUAUUUGUACACGGGCAACCUGCUGUUCGACGCGAGCCAAAGCAAAGAGGUAUUGAAGAGCGCCAGAUACUACGAGUGGAUAGAUGAGAGCGCGUCGGACGUCGCUCAGCAGCACUUGCCCCUGCUCAACCACUGCAUGAGAGCGUCGAUCGCGUCGCUGGGCGAAGAGGACCUGCUGGCCGAACUGAAGUGGGCCGUCGAGGCCAAUUUCGACGCGUACGUCGUCGAGCUGGGGAACGCCGUCAGGCUGCAUCCGUCUCUUUUACAACACAUAGAAGCGGAGCCUCAGCUCUUCCCACGUUGGGUAGUGGAAGACGCCGCGUCCACCCUCCAUCCGCGUCCAGAUAAGUAGACGGGCGCGCUGUCAACGAGGAGGGCGCCAACUCCGGCACGGACGCCCGGGGUCCGACCGCUACACGCUGUACCUAAUGUAAACGAAGUGAGCCAAA